CACAGCUCUAUAGUACAGUACUAUCCUUUCUCUCUCUCUCUCUCACUAAAAUCAUGGAAAUGGACACAUUUUUGGUAGGAGAAUAUGCACUCCUCUAUCUCUCACUCUAAUAAUAAACUCACGGUUAACAUUUUGUCUUUUUAUGAAACCACCACGGUUAACAUUUUGAAAUGAUGAAUACACGAAUACUCUCACUCUCACUCUCACUCUUACUAUAUAUUUCUAACAGCAUUUUAUUCUCAAACACAUCUUCUUGCUUUCACUUUAUAUACUCUCUCAUAAGCUUCGAUCAAAUGGACCCAAUGUUUUCCGGCGACACCUCCUCCUCUGCCAUUGACCCAAUGUUCUCCACCUUCAGCCUCCAAUCCCUUCUCACUUUCAACCCUUCCUUCUUCACCGACACUUUUCACACCUUAACCGACCACCCUCAACUCCCUCAAUCCCUCACCGACCAAACUCCAUAUGUUAACAACAACAACAGAAAUGCCCUCAUAGUCCCAAAAACUGAACACCCUCUUAACCUUCCUCCAUUACAAGAAUAUCUACCACUUCAACAACAACCCUUCAGCUUCUUCCCUCAAUACUACCCACCCUUUGAAACAUUCCACCGCCUCCCUCAACUCCAUUCUCCUGAACACUCUAGCAGAAAACGCCUCCGCCACCCUUUCACGGAGGAAACAACUCCACCACCACAGAAACAACCUCAUUUUGUCCGUGGAAAAUCUCCUUCUUUGAUUCCUCAGAGCAAAUUAGCAAGACAGAGAAGACAAACACUAAGCGAGAAAACACGCUGUUUGCAGAAACUAAUGCCAUGGGAUAAGAAAAUGGAUCAAGCCACCCUCUUUGAAGAAGCUUACAAAUAUGUUAAGUUUUUGAAGGCACAGAUCUCUGCUCUUCAAUCAAUGCCUUCUCACUCGACCGCUACCUACCAAGGCAGCGGCGGAGAUGAUGGUGUUUUUGGUGAGUUGAAGAAGCUGAAUAGAAAGCAGACUUUGCAGGUUGUGGUGAACUCACCGGUUGCACAAACAAAGCUUUACUCACAAGGUUACUGUGUUUUCUCCAUGGAACAAUUCUCUCAGCUCAGAAAAUUAUCAGAGAGAAGACAACAACAGCAGCAGCAGAAUAGGUCUGAUAAUGGUUCUUCCAAGACUUUCUUUUAAUAAGAAGCCACAAAACUACAUCGUUUGUAACAUCUUUUCAAUAUCUUUUUAUGCUUAGUGUUUAUUCUAUGUUUCUGUCAAGCUU